AUGGAAUGGAAGAAUCGAUUGAGACUAAGGUUACGUGACAUACGUCUGGAGGGUUGGGCACUUAGGCUUCACUUCACAAUUCACAACACAAAGGAUUGGGGUGGUGAUUGCUCUGGCCCUCGACGAACCGGCUGCUGCUUAUCAGGGAUGAGACGAGAAGUAGAAGAUGUUGUGGAGUUGAUGCAGCACAUACAAUCACGGUUGCCGAUAACAGAAGCGGCCCGCACGAGCGUGUUGUCCAAGUCAUGGCUACACGCUUGGCAUACUAUUCCUAUCCUCAGGUUUCGUGUUCGCAGCGAACAAAAUGGAAACGGCAUGAAGUUGGUGGAUGUGGACCACACUCUGAUAAGGUAUCUCCGUGACAACAUACCAAUUGAAAGGUUUGAGCUUCUUAUCGACAUUGAGAACCAGGAGUCAGCUUCUCAUGCUGAAAAAAUGGAUUGGUCCUGUGAUGAGAUACUCUCGUCGGGUGAAAACCUGAGUAAGAUAGACGUUUCAUCCCCGCUGAGGCACCAUUCUGUUAUUUGGAUGACAACGACUACUCCUACUCCUGUGAUCAACUGUGUGUCCCUACGAGAGCUGCAAUUGGAUGGUGUGUGCAUAGGUGAAGAGGCACUCCAUGACAUAUUGUCGUCUUGUAGCCGGCUUGAGAAGAUUGUGCUUAUACAUUCUUGCAAGGGUCAUGUCCCAAAUCUCGGCGUGUUUACCUGCGAUCUACCUUUUCUAUUCAAAGCCCCUGCCCCGCAUUCAAUAUCAUUAGGAAGCAGCGUGACAGAGUUAACCCUAGGUGGUUAUGGUAUGGUAACUGGCAACGCGUGUCUGAAAAUGAUCGAAUCGGGAUUUCCUUUUCUUGAGAGUUUAACACUUGAUGAUAUGAGAUCUUGGAAGUCGGAAAGCUUCCAUUUCACAUGUGCUUCCAUCAAGAAUUUGACCCUGCGGGAUUGCCAACGCAUGCUUACGGACAUACAAGUUCAUGCUCCAAAAUUAAAUUUUUUCUGGUUCGGUGGGGCCGCAUUGCCUACUCUCUUGUUUCCUGUCUCUAGUACUCUCUUCAAGCAAAUCUUUUCACUCAGUCUCAGCCUUCCUGUUGAUGUGUAUUUUUUUCUUAAGAUGAGGGAAGCACUCGCGUUAUCAUGCAAGUGCGACAUUUAUAUAAUAACUUACAACUAUACUACUACUAUGUUGCCAUUCGACAACAUCGACAUGGAUGAUCUAAGAACAAGGCUCCUCUUGUUUCCUCCUGCUAUGAACGUGCAACAUCUGUGGUUUGGAACAGUAGAUGAUGAAUGCCUGUGGGAACGAUCCCUAUUUUUUGAUGCAUUCUUUGAGAUUUGCCAUCCCAAGUAUGUAUAUGCAAAGCCAGACUCGUACUUCAGACAAAAUAAUCACUUUUGCAGACUCAUGCUGAGGGAGGUCUUGGAGAAGAAUACCACCCCAUAUUGGCCUCAUUACCUGGAACAUGUUCGAAUAAGAAGGGAUCGUUAUCAAAAAUGGGAAACCCUAACAAAUUCCCACACAAGCCUUCUGGCUUCUAGUGUCUACAUGAUCUUCAAUCUAAAGUGGCGUUAG